CACCUUAGUGAGGGGCCCCACGGAGCGCGUGUCUAGUGGGAGACGGGAACAGACCGGGGAAAGCUGAAAGAAUUCUUGAGAGGAGGGGGAGAUGGAGGCCACGGACGCUGGGGCUGCAGCCGCGUCCCUCGCCUCGUCUGUUCCCGCGGACAUGCCGGCGGCUAACGGGGACAUGGGCGGGUCCCGGCGCGGUCUGGGCCUAGGCCUGGUGCCCGAGCGGCUCCAGAAGCGCGAGCAGGAGCGGCAGCUGGAGGUGGAGCGGCGGAAGCAGGAGCGGCAGAACCAGACGGUGGAGGAGGAAAAGAGCGACUUCUUCGCGGCCGCCUUUGCCCGUGAGCGGGAGGCCGUGGAGCAGCUGCUGGGGUGCGUGGGCCAGGAGGCGCCGGGCCCGGGCGUGGACCCCGCGCGGCUGGACGAGGCGGCCUCGCGGCUGCAGACUCUGCAAAAGCUGCUCAACGACGCCAUGCUCUACCUGGCGCCCUACGACGUGCGGCUCGGCCAGGAGGCGCUGGCGCGGCUGCAGGGGGUCCUGGUCGAGCGGCGCCAGGAGCUGCAGCCCAAGAAGCGCUUCGCCUUCAAGUCCCGCCGGAAGGACGCCGCCGCCCAGGACCCCAGCCCCGCGGCCGACGCCCCGCAGCCGCCGCAGCCGCCUCCGCCCGAGUCCCUCCCGCCCGUCCCGGUCCAAGUCCCCCCCGGUUCUGGCUUCUCCAACCGCGAGUCGCAGACCCUGCAGAUGCGGGCCGAGGAGUUGCGCCAGCGCGACAUCCUCCUGACCGGCCUGACUGACUGCACCGUCCGGCUGUACGGGAACCCCAACACGCUGCGGCUGACCCAGGCCCGCGGCUGCACCGUGCUCUGCGGGCCCGUCUCCACCUCCGUGUUCCUGGAAGACUGCGUCGGCUGCGUCUUGGCCGUGGCCUGUCAGCAGCUCCGCACGCACAGCACCCGGGACACCCGCAUCUUCCUGCAGGUGACCAGCCGGGCUAUCGUGGAGGACUGCAGCGGUGUGCAGUUCGCCCCCUACUCCUGGAGCUACCCGGGCAUCGACCAGGACUUUGAGGGGUCUGGGCUGGACAGAAACAAAAACAACUGGAGGGAUGUGGACGACUUCAAUUGGUUGGCCCGAGGUGUGGCCUCCCCGAACUGGAGUGUUCUUCCAGAAGAGGAGUGGAGAAUCCAGUGGGAUUGAUGGUAUCUGUGACUCCCCCGUUAAACGACUGUUUACGGCCAAUUGACGCCACAAUGCACCUGUUCUUAACCCUUGCACUUUAUUACACGUUUUCAGUGUCUUAAUACCGGCUAUCAUAAGGAUUCUCUGCUGUAGUUUCCUUUGUAAAUAGCUCACAUUAAAAAAAAUGCAGUGCCUCUGGUGUUGGUUAAUUUAAGAAUGGAACCAUCUUAUUUUUUGUAGCUCUUUAUUAAUGGCUAGAAGAUUCGAGUUGGCUAUAUCGGGAUGAAUAAAAAUGAAAAAGGUCAUGAGUGUGUAUUCCCUUUUUUAAUAGUCUUAUUGCCACGUGGAAUAUCACCGAUUGCUAGUUAGCAUAGAAAAGCAGUAGUUUUGGUGCCCUGUGGAAUACCACUGAUUGCUAGUUAGUGUAAAAAAAUAAGUGAGAUUAGGAAAGAUCCAGCGGGUUGCUGUUGAAUUAUUUGGUAGGUUUACUCAUGGUUUCCUGUUUCAAGAUUGCUUUAUGGUACUACUUAAUGGGCGCUACACUGACCUGUCUUCAGCAUAAGUCUAUCGGCUUAGGGCUCUGGAACAUUGCUGUAGAACCUAUCCCUGUGCCCGAGUUUUUUAUUUUCCUCCAGAGUUCUAGUGCGGAGCUAGUCUGACACAGAACUUCCCAGUGAUUUGUUAAGAAUCUGGAAGUACAGCCUUUAUCAACUGGGGUAUAUGCAACAGAAAACAAUUAUUUUGUGAGGGUAAAUUGCUAGACCUUUUUGGCGUCUGUUACUCUUAGAAGAGGAUUGAGGCAUUUGCAGAUAAGUCUGAAAGGUUUUUUUGGUCCUGGUUUUCUAUUGUUUAGAGGAUAACUGACCUCUCUACAAGUUAUUAAAUGUACAGACACACUUUUAUAAAAUUGUAUAGGAGAAACGUUUAAUCUUACAGUUUUAAAAUAAAUUCUCGUAAGAUUUGUACUUUAUGCUUUGUAACUAUAGACUUUCAAAAAACCUAAGUCACAUUAAUUAUCCUUCAAAAUUUGGUUAAGUCGGUUGUAAUUCUUGGUCAUGUUAACCAUAAUCCUGUAAAAUAGGAUCUUAAAAAGUAAUGUUAAUAGAAAAUUAGUUCUAGGAUUCAACUUGUUUUAUAAAGAAAAUGGUAUUAAAAAUCUCAAAAGUGUCACCCGUUGGGUGCCCCCAGGUAUAAACAGCUGUACUAGUAUUUGGGGGAAUUAAAUUUUUUAAAAACGGUUGGUAUUUACUUACUCUGGGCUUAAUACUUCUGUUUGCCCCCAUUUCCUUUUCUGUAAAAUGGAGAUGAUGAUAAUAGCACCUACAUCCUACGGUUUUUACGAGGAUCAAAUGAAAUGAUUUUUGUCUAGUGCUUAGCAUAUAGUAAACACUAUAUAAAUAUUAGCCAUUAGUCUUAUAAUUAUUACAUAGCACUCUAAGCUUUACAUAUUUAAUCUUCACAAUAAACUCU